AUGGAUCGCCCUUUUCUUUCGGCAUGUGCCGAGUUCUAUCCUUCGUAUAGAAACUGGAAUGCAGAGUUUCAGUUGGCCUGGGAAAUGGAGGACAAUACGGUUUCUCAAGCCGAGAGUCGUCUGGAGGCCCUUCGCCGUGUGGAGAGAGAGUUUGUGGCGGACGCCGUGCGCACGGUGAAGCAAAUCGUGACGCUUGACGAUGACGGCCCGCGGGAGAUGCCGAAGUUCCUGCAGUGCUACCGUGUGGACAACAUCUUCUUCCGCGUGCUGCCGGACAGCCGCUCUGGCCGCAACUACGUGGCGUCCCUCCGCGGUGUCCUGCAGAGCCGCACCCGCCUGCUCACGGUGCCCCUCUCAUGUAUGCUUUUCUACCGGGGGAUGCCGGUGCUGGCGCAGGCCCUCGUUCCAAUGCCGCGGCUACCCACGCAGCUCUACGGCGCAGAUUGUGCAAAUAAUCACGAGGUGGAGGCAGAAAUUCUGCACAUGGCAGAUGCACUCAACAUUGUAUUACCAAACGUUGUAAACUGUGAAGUGUAUGAGGGACUGGAUGGACGAUGGUACUGUACAUUAACAAAUGCGACAACGUUUCCUUUGGGGGAAGUUCCUCACGUCAGUUGCCCUUUAAAACGUCAAGAAAUGCUUGCAUGUUGUGCUUAUGUUACCAGUGGACCAAGGGAUGUUCUGGCUGUAUUGCAUUCUCCAAUAUUCUUGAAUGCGGUAACUCAAUUAAAGAAGUUCUCUACGACAGAUAUUCAAGUUGAGUUGUGUAGGACAUUACAUACCCAUGGUGUAAACUUGUGUUACCUUAAAGAGGUUUUACGAGCGUUUCUUGAGUUUCAACAAACCGACAAGGAAACGUUGAGAGUUGUAGAGUCAUCUAUUAUUGUGGAAAUGUUCGCUCGUACUAUGAAGCAGGAGUUUUACUUAAGAAUACAGUCUAACCGUACAGCAUAUGAUGAUGAAAUACUACAAAAUGAAAUUACACGACGUAUUGCGUAUGGAUUAGAUGAAGCGCAAUUUAAACAAAUGUUUCUACCUGUAUUGAUGCGCAAAUAUUAUGUUUCUCAUGGAGAAAAAGAUAUUAUUGCCUUAUGUGAAACGGUACGUUCUACAAGGCGACACGAAAUUAUUUCACGUCUUUCUCUUUUAUUGGGCGCUUGUUCACGCCCAGAAGGUACUUCCUCAAAGGAUAAAAUUGUCUGGGUACCUAAAAUUUGUUCAAGUGUUAUACCAUUGUUAUUAGAACCUAAAAGGAUUAUGGAUCUCGCCGCUUACUAUGACUCAACCAAAACAACAGCUGGUCAUAUGUAUGCUUUUUGUUUACCAUUACAGGCAAAAGUAGCCUAUUGGGGAGGAAAUGUUGAAAAAUCACUAGAGUAUACACGUUUAAUUGUAGCCGGAGAAAAAUAUAGGCAUGAUCACUUAAACCUUCCUUACCUUUAUGCACUACGUGAUAUGUGCGAAUUACUCUUUGGUGGAGUUAGUAUUGAACAUAUUGAAGAAGGACAUAAACAUCUUGACAUACUACUACAAGGAUUUAAAAAAUUAUCAGGUCCACUCACUCUUCUUCGUCGAUACAUAGAGUGUGCAUGUUGGAUGUUAGGUUCUUCUGAUAUAGUGGAUAUGAGGAUUGAGGCGUUGGGUUGUUUUCGAACUGCCGGAAAGCUUAUGCCUUCUGGUUUACGCAGCGACCAUGGCGCCUGGUUGUAUAUUCGACCAUUUCUUGGUGAACUGCGUUGUAAGCAGGCAAUGUCUCCACAGGUGAAGGUGGAUAUUGUAGAUAUUGCAAGGGAUGCGAAGGAGUUAGCGUCCAUUGUGACGCCAUCGGAUUUCUUUGUAGAGUACUUAUGGGAACUUGGGAUGGAGCUACGCUGCGAUGCACACUACGAGGAAGCCACGAAGACACUUCUUAAGGCCCUCCGCAUGUGUAAAAAAGUACCACGCAGUCAGUUGGAUGUCAACGCGUUAACACAAGAUAUCAUCGGUACGUACCACGCGUGGGAUCCGGUGAAGUACGGCGCUUACUGUGAUACUCUUCUCGCCACUCUGCCAGAUGCAUCUAGCAGAAAUACUUCUCACCCAAGUGAUCCGCGUCGUGACAGCUCAGAGCGAUAA